GAUAAGCUACUUACUUGCCCAAUGCACUUUACAAUCUUGUAAGGAUCAUUAAAUCUUAUACAAUCUUGUAUAAAUCACAUUCACCGUGAAGCAAACACUUGUGCCGAUGCUCUUGCUUUAAGGGAUCAUCAAGUGGAUUUUUCCUUCUCUAUUUUAGAUGUUAUUCAUCCUAGUAUUAAUUUACUUAUUGAUGAAGACUUAAGGGGAUCUUGUUCCACUAUAGUCGGUCCUUAGUUUUUGUUUUGUCUUCCUUCUCGUAUAAAAAAUAAAAUAAAAUCUUGGACCCAAUUUUUCAUUGAUCUCUUUAACCAAAUAUUUCAAGCUCUGCCACUGGAAUUUUACAUAAAGCCGUUCACCAACUGCAUAGGCUUUGUACAAAAUCCUAAGAAAUAUCAGCCCAAGUAUAAGUUGGAAUUGAAAGUGGUUGUAAAAGAUCCCGUAGACUGCAUGUUUGAUAUAUAUUCUGCUGGCAAACUUCACAAUUAGCUACAAAGUACAAACUGUUGAAAUAUUCUUCUGCAUGCCUUUUAAUGAACUAAGGCACCCAACCUUUUAUUAGUUCUGACCACCAUUGAAACCAAUUUAGAACUUUACCCUCCAUUGCAACCAUGUCUGUCUGAAGUCGUUCUCCAUUCGUGACUCCUUUCAAUUCAAAAUAAGGCUCAAUUUUAUUUGUGCAACCAAAUGUGCCAUCCCCUGAGUAGAGGUGUAUUAGAAUUUGGGAGGCCUAUACUCAACCACAAAAGCUAGCUUGAGAGUUGAGGUUUGCACUACUAUUAUAAAGGCUAUCUAUGCCAUAUCUCUAGCCAAUGUGGGACUUCUAACAAGGUAUUUCCAAUUUCCUCCUGUUCCAUGCGACUCAGCAUAUGCUUCAUGUGACCAUAUUCACUGCCUAUAUUGCAGUACCCACUGUUACACUGAAUUUCAGUUCAGCGCUUCCAAAAUUUCUGCCAACUGCCUUCUGUUUUCAGCCUUGUCUUCCUUCAAGAAGGCCUCUAAUUUUCAAACGCAUGUUCCGGGGCCUUAAUACGUGCCUCCAUCCUUGUAUGAACUAUGAAAAAUGUGACCCUAAUCCGUUCAUUUUUUCAACAACUCAAAGCCAACCACAAACCGUUUGCAUCAAACAAGAUGGGCAGGGUUUUGAACACCAUUGCUAAAGUCUUACUUACGAACAUUUGACAGCCUGACUCAAAAACUCACACCCGGUUCAACUUGAUCCGUAUUGUUAAUCAAUAAUAUAACACAACAUGAGCCUUUAUUAAAACCCUAAGCCUCUGUAUUCUUUUUCUUAGAAUUGAGUAUUGGGCCUAACUCAUCCUUACAAAACCGGCUUGUAAGGUGAGGAUUGCCUCUAGUAUAUAAACACUUAGUCAGGCCAUAUCGCAACCGAUGUGGGACUUCUUAACACCCCCGCUCGCGCCAAGCGCUAUGGGCUUGAGGCGCGGAUAUGAAUGGUGGAGGGCCCGAUCAGAAACCUGAUUGCAGGCGGCCCGACGAAGUGGCCCAGCGAAUCGUGGAUAGGCUCUGAUACCAUCUUAAAUAUGCUUGGAUCUCAUCCCCAAAAGCUAGCUCAAAGGGUGAGGUUGCCCUCACAUAUUUAUACACUUAACCGCCCGGGAACCUAAGCAAUGUGGGACUUCAAACAAACUCCAACAACACAACAACAUAUUCAACACCCACCCUCACGCCUAGCGUGGUCCUGGGUCAAAUGCCCACAUUGCAGUCCUUAACCCGGCUCCGAUACCAUGUCAAAUAACCAAUUAUCCCAAAAGCUUAAGCUGUUAGGAUAUGGUCAUAUCAAUGGUUUUAUAUUAUUUAUAACACGCCCCCUCACGCAAGAGCUCACUUGGGCUUGAAGCGUGGAUAAUGCAUAGGCCCACCUACCAUAUGCUUAAAUUCCACUUUUUAAUUAGAAAGUGAGGGGAGUGGGGAUCGAACCCUAGACCACUUAGUCAUAGAGGCUCUGAUACCAUGUUAAAUAUGCUUGGAUCUCAUCCCCAAAAGCUAGCUCAAAGGGUGAGGUUGCCCUCACAUAUUUAUACACUUAACCGCCCGGGAACCUAAGCAAUGUGGGACUUCAAACAAACUCCAACAACACAACAACAUAUUCAACACUUUUCAAGUUAAGAGUAUAGAAAGAAAAUAUUAGUUUUCCAAAGAAUACACCAACACAAUGUUUUGUAUUCUUCGACAAUGGAAGAAAAGAGUCCCUAUUCGCACUAUAUGAAUCAGGCAAAUAAGAGUCUAUUGAAUUUGACAAAAGGGUGUGUCGUGCUUGGGAACACUUCAAGCGGAUAUUGAGAGCUCUAAUUCAGGACACCCCAAAUAUUUAAUUACACACUAAUGAAUUUAUGACAAUUAAUUUCUCACACACGGAUAUGGCUUGAAACAUCAAUUAAAUUAUUCUUUUUAUGGAUUCAAUAUUUCCAAGUUUAUAAAUCUCAAAACUCUAAUUUCUCAUCAUCUUCCUCUUCCAUCACCCACUGCGCGCGCGCGCACAUACACACACAUACACCGUCGCAAAAAUGGGUCGUGUCAGAACCAAAACUGUGAAGAAAUUCUCACGCCAAGUCAUCAAACGCUACUAGUACUACUCAAGAAAUCCUGUCCUGUUCAGCAGAUUCCGUUUGGUCGUGGUGCUGGAAGGAGAUUUUGAGAUUGAGGUUUAAUGUUUUUUUUGUAGAGUAUUUUUCGAUUUUGUUUUGCUUUUUGAUGAAUAUUGUGUUGUGAGUUUUGGAUUUUGAAUCUUGUUAAGUUGUUGUUAUGGGAAAAAAAAAACUCACUAUACUUGGGUGGGUUACAAGUGAAUUUGGGAAACCGAAUAUCAUAUCAGGAUUGUGUCUUCUAUCCAACUUUAGAAGGUAAAAUUUGAGUUGUUGAAUUACUGUCAAUCUUGUUUGAGUCUUCUUAUAUUUGGUGUAUAUGGUUUUAGUAAAGAAUGCAUGAGUGAUUGUUUAUGAUAUUUUAAAUUAACUAUAAAAAGUUGUAUUUUUGCAACAAGUUUAAGUCAUGCAUGUUGGAGUAUUUUUUAUUAUUAGGAAUAUACCCUGAGCUACUGUGUAAUUGUAUCAGAAUGUUGACUCUGGUCAACUCUCUUACAUUUCUCACGAAUUUUGUUAGAGUUCAGCUAGGAUAGCUAUAUCACCUUGUUAGGACAGCUUAAACUUCUGUUAUAGUUAGUAUUAGAGAUACUAGAAAACCUCCUAUGGAAUUGUAAGUAUUGUGUAUUGCAAGUAUAGUAGACUGUACAUAGCCUAGCGCUGCCCCUGUAAAGUUGUAUACAGUGCACCAUUAGUAAUUAGUAGUGUAGGAUGCAAAACUCUUGGCUUCAAUCCACAUCUUCGAAGGAAAUGUUCACAUGAGUCAUAGGAUGCAAAAGCUUGUAGCAAAUUUGGGAUAAGAGUCAUGCUUACUUCUAAAACGCAUACCUCGUUGCAACUCAGAUCUAAAAUUCGAGCCACGACUCUCAAAACAAGCUCAAUUUCUGAGUUCCUGCUAUGCAUUCAAACUUUAGUUGACUCACCCCAUGCCAUAGGUGAGCCAAUUUAAGCAAAAGAACAUCUUGAUGUAACUCUUGAGGGAUUACGUCAAGAAUAGGAGUCCACGAUCUCUCUCAUCAGUGGAUGUUUUGGUUCAAUGUCAGUUGUUGAGGUUGGAACUCCGCUCUUAGGUCACAAACUGCGUCUUGAACUAUUUCGCAAGAAAGAAGCUACUUCAAUUAAUGUUGCUUCUUCAAUUGCAUCCAAUGCAAUGCCUUCAAAUCCUGUUGCGAUUUCGUCUCCGACUGAUACUUCAUCCCAAAUCUCUGAGGAAACACAAGAUUUCAACUAUUUGCAAUCCUCUAGAGGUUGUGGUGGCCGUGGUGGUCGGAACAGCAGUCGUGGUGGUCAUAGUGGUGGCAGAGGUGGAUGUAGUUCAGUGUCAAGUCUGCCCCAAAAAUGGUCAUGAAGUUUGUUUGCUUCCGUUGUUUCAAGAAAGACUAUGUUCCUAAUCGACCUCUAGAUGAAUUACCUUGGUACAGUCAUCUCACACCUCCAAGGUCUCAUCAAAGCUCAAUUCCCUCUAUGAGAUCUCAAAUACCAACCAUGGCAAUACUUUGCUGCAGCUGCUAGGCCUCAACACCAUUAUCCACUUUAUCCUAACUUCUCAUUACCACCACCAUCACCCGUGCCUAUGAUGCAGGGAAUGCCAUCUUAUCCUUCUAGUCCUUCACACACAUGUCAAUCCACAAGCUCUAUGUCAACAGUUUCUGAUCACCCUCCCUGAACUGGUAUCCAGAUUCAGGUGCCUCACAGCACAGCAUGUCACACCCAAUGCCACAAAUAUUGAACAAUGUUCACCCUUUGAGGGGUCAUAUCUGAUAUUCAUUAUCACUGGCCGAGGUUUGUCAGUAGCUUCUUUUGGUUCUGCUAUUUUUUCUUCACGUAUCAAUCUAAAAGUUAACCCAGUCUUAAAAAACUUAUUGAAUGUUCUUCUCAUCACUAUUAACCUUCUUAGUGUGUGUCAAAUUGCUAAUUGAAUGUUCCUCUCAUCACUAAUAACCUUCUUAGUGAGUCGAAUUGCUAGAGACAACGCUGUUUACUUUGAGUUCCAUCCUAAUGUCCACUUUGUCAAAUCUGAGGGUUCCAAUGAGAUUCUUCUCAAGGGAAUACUUGAUCAGGAUGGACUCUACAAGCUUGCUACCCAAGUCUGCACCAAAUGCUUCUUUGCACUAGUUCUAGUAAUAACUCUCAUUUCCUACUGUUGUAAACAAUCGCUCAUUUGCAUCUCGGCAUUGUAAUAUUUCUCAACAAUCGUUCAUUUCCAAGUUCUGAAAUCCAACAGAUGGUUCUCAACAAUUGUAAUAUUUCUUGAUCUAAAAAAAACAUUUCUAAUUUUUUAGCACGUUGCUGUCUUGGUAAAUCUCAUGGAUUACCUUCGCAUCAUUCUACAACCACAUACAGUGUAACUUUGGAAGUUAUUCAUAUUGACCUAUGGGGUCCUGUCCCGAUGUCUUGCACUACUGGUUUGAGCACUACUGGUUUGAUGUAUUACAUCACCUUUGUAGAUACUUUCAUUUGUUUGACUUGAAUUUACCUUCUCAAAAGAAAAUCUGAUGCCCCUAUAUUCCAACAGUUUAAAACCAUGGUUGAGAAUGAAUUUCCUCAUAAAAUGAAAGUUAUCCAAACAGUUUGGGAGGUGAAUUCAGGUUAUUUACCUCCUUUCUUUAUCAAAAUGGUAUUCUGCACCGCGUCAUUUUCCCCGCAUACCUAUAACCAAAAUGGCUUAGCAGAGAGGAAACAUAGGCAAAUAGUGGAACUUGGUCUAACCUUGCUAGCACAAUCUUCCAUGUUCCGUGUCCUUCAAAUAUCUGGAUAAUGCCUUCCUAACUAGUGUCUAUCUCAUCAACCGUCUCCCCGCUUCUGCUCUGAAUUUGGAGGUUCCAUACACAACUUUCCAAACAACCUCCCGACUACAAAUUUUCUUUGCACAUUUGAUUGUGCAUGCUUUCCAUUCUAAAGACCAUAUAACCAUUGCAAACUUGAUUUUCAUUCUCAAGAAUGUCUUUUUCUAGGCUAUUCCACAUCUCACAAAGGCUAUAAAUGACUUGCCUCCAAUGGCGGCAGAAUGUACAAAUCCAAAUAUGUCCUCUUUAAUGAACUUAAAAAAUUCACCUAUCUCACUAUGUUUCCUGAUCCUUCAUCUGCUUCUGAACCUUCACCAUUUAUUCCAGCUUCAAUUCCAAUUAUUCAACCUAUAUCACCCAACAGUACCUUCUAUACCGGAGUCUGCACAAAUUACUUCUUCACAUGCACAAAUCCCAAGUCUAACAAAAACUUCUACGCCAGAGAUCCCAAGUCCCAUUAUCCCCUCAUCCCCUAACCUUUCUACUAUCCCAACCAUUUCUUAUUUUCCUGAAAUACUACCUUAACCUAUCAACAUCACAUUCACCCUAUGGAAACACAUGCCAAAGAUGGAAUUAUCUGUCCAAGAUUAUUCCCUACAUUACAGUUAAAACUGGUCCGAAACUACAUUAAUUUAUUGAUUAAUACUUUUGAUUUUAUUGAUCAAUCAAACUCUUGGAAUUAUCUUCCAACAGAGAAAUUACACAUGAUUUGUAUUUCCCUUUUUUAGAAAAAAAUAUUUAAAGCAUGGCUACUGAAUUUGGGAUGUAAACUGUAAUUAUUCUUUGUAAAUUAGUCAAAGACCAUUUCUUUUAUUGUUACUUUUUAAACUAUGCCUACUAAAAUUAAACUUGAAAAAUGUAAUUACUCUUAGUAAGCAUGGUUAAGCCAUUAGCCUACUCUUAGUAAGCAUGGUUAAGCCACUAUAAGUAGGCAAAGAGAUCCAUAGUAUUUGUAUUCAAAACAACGUCCUUUUUAUCUUGCCUCUGCUUCUUCUUUAACCUUUGUUGCAAUGGCCUCUUCCACAUCACUACUCUUCCUUUGCCUCUGCUUCUUCUUUAGAAGUACUUCUUGUGAUAUGUUAGAUACCACACAGCAAGGAAACAUUCCAUCUUGGGUUAAACUAGCUGACAGGAAGCUGCUACAGGCGAGUGAUAUGCCUGUCGAUGCUGUGGUAGCUCCUGAUGGGAGUGGGCAUUAUACCAAGGUGAUGGAUGCUGUGUUAGCAGCACCUAAUGGUAGCCACAUACGCUAUAUAAUACACAUUAAGGAAGGAAUUUAUAAUGAGCAUGUUGUGAUCAGUUCUAACAAGUCAAACCUCAUGAUGAUUGGAGAUGGGAUGGAUGCCACUAUCAUCUCCGGCGACUUAAGCUCGGGGAGAGAUAAGCUGGACACAUACUUCACUUCUACCGUUUUUGUUGAUGGCCCAGGGUUCAUUGCUCGGGACAUUACAUUUAGGAACACUGCAGGUCCCGAAAAUGGUCAAGCAGUGGCACUCUUGUCCAACUCCAACACCUCUGUCUUAUACCGAUGUGGAAUAUAUGGCUUCCAAGACAGUCUAUGCGCGAACAAAGGACUCCAAUUCUACAAGGACUGCAAAAUCAGUGGUUCGGUGGACUUCAUCUUCGGCUAUGCUGCUGCGGUGUUCCAAGACUGCAAUAUAUUAGUACGAAAAGGGUCAACCAGCCAGCACACCAUCACCGCACACGGAGGACCAGCGAGCCCUGACCAACCAUUUGGUUUCUCUUUUCAAUUCUGUAACAUAUCCGCCGAUUCUGACCUUCUCCCAUUUCUUACGUCCACCCAAACAUUCCUCGGCAGGCCGUGGCAUCCGUACUCACGUGUGGUUUUCAUGGAAUGCUACAUUAGUGAUGUGUUGAGCCCGGAAGGGUGGUUGGAAUGGAAUGGGACUCCAGUUAAUUUGGACACGUUGUAUUACGCCGAGUACAAUAAUCAUGGACCCGGAGCUGGAGUAGAAAACCGUGUAAAAUGGUCAGGGUACCAUGUUUUGACUGAUGCUAGCCAGGCUAGUAAUUUCACUGUGGCGCAAUUGAUUUCGGGGGAUCAAUGGUUACCUGCAACAAGGGUCCCAUUCACCCCUGGACUUGGGAAUUAGGAGAUAUUAUUAUAGAAUAAAUGUUUAGAGGAUCAUCCUAUCUUUUUAUUUUAUUUUAAUAUAGAAGUGAAACUGGUGAAAUUAUAUCACAUCACUUGAUGUAGAAUGUUGGUUUGAUGCGAUGCUUUCAUUGCUAUUAAUCAAUUGGAAAUUAAUCUGGUUUUUUAUGGCUGUUAAUUAUGCUUGUCGAUUUUUAUUUUAUUUUUUAUAACCAUGCUGAUCGAUUUGUGAGUCAGGGAAUUUUAUUGAAUGAGAAUGUUUUUGAUUUGUCAUUUAGAACUGCUUUCACAAUGUAUCAUUUUAAAAACAUUCUUGCGUGACAAUCUUUUCUGUAAAGAUUUGCUUGUUCUGCCAAUGUGUUUUUACUAAAUGUUGUUUUGUGAUGUAGAUUAUGAUUAGAUCAUUGGUUGUCUCUAACAAUGUUGGGUUUGUAUUGUUAUAUUUAUCCAUGCUCCAUCCUUUUUGUGUUUUGUGCAUAUUUAAUUUAUU